GUGGGCCAUUUCUUCUUCUUCAUUCAAAAUCGUUAUUUAUUUAUAUUAAUUAAAUCAUCCUAUGUUUGAAGUCCAGGAGUCUGUCUUUGACAGCCCAAUCUAUCUUGGGCUCAAAUAGCUGAUACUCAUUAAAAGCCCAAUUAUGAUAGGCCCUGUCUUGUUUCUAGUGAUUAAUAGCUCACUUUAUUAUGGGCCGAAAAUAUUGUCAUUAUAGCGCAAUUUAGUGGGCCUUAUUUAUGUUCGAUCCAAUUUUAGAUUAAGGAAGAAUGAAUGAUGGUAUGAGCCCAGCGGACGCCGAGAACGAAGGUCGCAAAUUUGCAAACAAGGUUUCUCGUUCGCGUCGUAUCUGAAGAUUACUUGAAAGUUCUCCUUCUCCGCCUCCGUCUCUCCGCUCUUCAGGAGAGAAAGUGAAAUCGAAAAUAAGCAACAUGGAGACGCACAGCGCUCCCCAAAUUGUGGACGUGGGUUCCGUGGUAGAAGCUGUUUAUGCCGAAGAUUCUGACGCUCCCCUCUAUGUAGUCGAGAGCCUCUGCAUGCGCUGCGGCGAGAAUGGAAUAACUCGAUUCUUGUUAACUUCAAUCCCACAUUUUAGAAAGAUCUUGUUAUCAGCGUUUGAGUGUCCACAUUGUGGCGAGAGGAAUAAUGAAGUGCAGUUUGCUGGUGAAGUUCAAUUGAAAGGCUGUCAUUAUUCCCUGGACGUCCCUUCAGGUGAUCAAAAGAUUCUAAAUCGCCAAGUGGUUAAAUCUGAAACUGCCACUAUCAAGAUCCCUGAGUUGGAUUUUGAAAUUCCUCCUGAGGCUCAGCGUGGGUCUUUGUCCACGGUUGAAGGAAUAUUGGUGAGAGCUGCUGAUGGUUUGGAAGCCCUUCAGGAAGAGCGGAAGAAAGUAGAUCCCCAAACAGCUGCAGCUAUAGAUGAAUUCUUGGUAAAAUUGAGAGCUCGUGCAUCUGGAAAGUCGCAUUUUACCUUCAUUCUUGAUGAUCCUUCUGGCAACAGCUUUAUUGAGAAUCCGAAUGCUCCAGCACCUGAUCCAUUGUUGACUAUCAAGUUCUAUGAUCGGACACCUGAGCAACAUGCUGCCUUAGGGUAUUUGGCAGAUACAUCACAGGGAGAACCUGGUUCAGGAAAUACAUCAAACAAUGUUCCUCAGCAACCACAGGAACCUCAUGGUUCAGUUGGAGCAAGAGCUGGCCACCGAGCUAUUGCUCAAGGCAAUAGUGGAGAAAUUGCAGAUGCAUUAUUUCGUUAUUCAGCUCCUGAAGAGGUCAUGACUUUUCCAUCUACAUGUGGAGCAUGUGCUUCAAAAUGCGACUGUAGAAUGUUUGUUACCAAUAUUCCUUACUUCCAAGAAGUCAUUGUCAUGGCUUCUACUUGUGACUCCUGUGGUUACCGUAACUCCGAGGUAAAGCCAGGCGGUCGUAUCCCUGAUAAAGGGAAACGAAUAACGGUACAUGUGAAAAAUGCAAAAGAUCUGACUCGUGAUGUAAUAAAGUCUGAUACGGCCUCCGUAAGAAUACCUGAGCUUGAGUUGGAAUUGGCUAGUGGCACAUUAGGUGGACUUGUUACGACAGUGGAAGGGUUGAUAUCCAAAAUUAGUGAAAGUCUUGAGAGAGUUCAUGGUUUUACUUUUGGUGACAGCCUUGAUGAUGACAAAAGACGCAAAUGGAAAGAAUUUAGGGCAAACAUUGAGAAGCUAAAAAGCUUGGAGGAACCUUGGAGUUUGAUUAUUGAUGAUGCAUUGGCUAAUUCCUUUGUUGCCCCGGCAACUGAUGAUAUGAAGGAUGACACUCAGUUGACAUUUGAGGAAUAUGAGAGGUCUUGGGAGCAGAAUGAGGAGUUGGGUUUGAAUGAUAUGGAUACUUCAACAGCUGAUGUAGCUUACAAUUCUUCCGAUGCUGAUGCCGCAACAAUUGGCGAAGAUUAUAAGACUACCCAGUCUCAGUUGGAGGAGCAUUGAUGAGUUUUGGUUGUGGCAGGCAACCGGGUCUCUGCCUUGCUAGAUGUUGCAACAGAUUUUUAUUAUUAUUUAUUUUAUUUUAUUUUUAAGUUUUGUUGCUGCCCACUUAAUUCAGAUUGUAGUAUUUGUUUGUUUUAUUCAAUUCUUGAUGAAUCUUAUAAGGGAAAAUUUUGGCAUGAAAGUGAAUGGAUGCUACUCUUAUUAUUAUUA